ACUUGCAAGAAAGAAGCUUGAAUUUUUUAUAGAGUAUCACACACUUCAACACGGCACCAAUCAUCUCUUCAACUCUUCAACCACUCACUAUUAGUCUUCUCUUUUCUUCUUCCCUUUUCUGAAUUGCAAAAUCUGAUGAAGAUGAGAUGACAGAAUUCACAAACCUAAGUUCUGAUCUCGUAGAGCUGAUCCUGUCUCUGCUCCCAAUCCCCACCCUCAUCAGAGUCUCAACAGUGUGCAAGCUAUGGCACUCCAUCAUCUCUUCCCCUUCCUUCUCCACACUCUCCAAUCACUCCAACAAGCCAUGGUUCUUCCUCCGUGGCAUCCAUAACAUCUCCUCCAAGAACAACCAGACCUUUGCCUUUGACCCUUCCUCCAACAACUGGUUCCUCCUCCCCACCCCCCAACACCACCACCGACACCAACCCAACACCUCCUUUAUUGGCACUAACUCCUUCUUCUUCAUCACUGCCCCCAACUUCCUCUACACCCCUAUCCUCCACCCCUCCUGGCACCUCACCCCUCCCCUCCACUUCCCCAGGAUCAAUCCCCUGUUGGGUGUCUUCCAUGAUGCUAAAGGUAGCAACUUUAGUCACCCCAAGUUCAUUGUUGUUGGUGGGGUCAAGUUCAUUGGGAACCUUGUUGACAUAGAGGACCGUUUGGAUGUGGAGAUUUAUGACCCUCUUCUGGGGAAUUGGGACCUUGGGCCUCCUCUCCCUCCUGAUUUCAGAUCAGGAAACUCCUCCUCUUCCCUUUCGUCUGCCCUCUUCAAAGGGAAAUUUUAUGUCUUUGGGAUAUACUCUUGCUUUGUUUCGUCUUUUGACUUGCAUCAUAGGGUUUGGAGCGAGGUUCACACCCUUAGGCCUCAUGGGGCUGUGUUCUCCUUCUUGGUUGCAUGUAAGGAGAUGCUUGUGCUUGCUGGGGUGUGCAAUUUUCCCCACGGGUUUUCUUCCUUUGUGCUGUGGAAGGUUGAUGAGAGGACCAUGAGGUUCAGCCAGAUUGAUGUGAUGCCACAUGAUUUGCUCUGUAGCUUGUUUGAUGGUGACGAGGAUGAUAAAUUUGCAAGCUUGAAGUGUGUUGGGUUGGGAGAUCUUAUAUAUGUUUACAAUGAGGAUUACCAUAGGAUGUACCCUGCUUGUGUGUGUGAGAUUAACGGGGAGAGUGGGAGGUGUGUGUGGAGGAAAGUGCCCCCGUUGCCAUCACUGAUGAAUAGGUUUCACAAAGUUAUUAGCUUUUGUUCGACAGUUUCACUGCAUGGUAUUCUGCGUGAACUUCAAGGCCCUGGUCUUCAAUUCUAGAAAAGUAAUGGAACACAACUUCUGAGAGAAGAAAGCAUCAGUUUGAAGAAUUAUUUGCUGCAGAUGGUGCUGUACCAAAAGUAUGUGCAACAUUGACAUGAAGCAAGAACAGAAGCUGACAUAAACUAUGUAAUAGAUAAAUAGUCUUAUAUGUGUUGUAUGUGUCUAGUUUAGCUGUUACAAAACAUGAAUGGUGACAAUUUUUCCUAGUGAUAUUGGCAAACUGUAUUCUGUAAUAGCUUUUUGUAAUUUUAAUUAAUAAUCAUUUAGUUUCAUGUUGCA